AUGGUAGUAUAUAUAAAGAUUGUUACCAUCUACCAAGGUCGCAUCUGUAGUUCUCAUGUGAUUCAUCGUCCUAGAACCAACGUACAGUUCCCCAACUUGAAAGUUGCAGCCAUCUUCCUCAGCGCCUUUGUUGCCGCUGCCCUCGGCGUGCCUGCUGACCACAUUGUCCAUGAGAAGCGAGAUGGCGCGGCAUUUGUCAAGCGCAGAACUGUCGAUUCCGAUAAUAUUGUGCCAGUUCGAAUUGCCCUGAAGCAGACCAACCUGCACAAGGGCAUGGAUCUGCUCAUGGAUGUAUCCGACCCUAAUUCCGUCAACUACGGCAACCACUAUACGCAGGACCAAGUCCAAGCCAUGUUUGUGCGCCCGAGCAAGAGUCUAUUGACUCGGUCAAAAGCUGACUUUAAGACGACGGUUGCCCAGCUUAAAACGGUGCUACAUACAAAGUACAAUGUAUUCCAAACCAGAUCUGGUGACGAGCACUUUGGAACCAACAAGUAUCACUUGCCAGCAGAUAUUUCUGACCACGUUGAUUUUAUCUAUCCGGGCGUUGCUUCAGUCCCGAUGGCUCGCAGAGAGGAAAGGCCGUCAACUAAGAAUCCAUCCAUGGUUGCAGCGUCCAGGCCCAUUCCAGAAUACGUUAAUAAUACGGGCGCCGAGGACUGCGGUAGCCUCAUCACUCCAAAGUGCAUCAAGGAAAUGUACGGCAUCCCGGAUGGUACAUCUAAGCGCGAGGGUAACGAGCUUGGGAUAUUUGAACUGGACCAAGAAAUGCACAAGCAGUCCGAUUUGAACCCCAAACAAUCCUGA